AUGAGCGAGGAGGAAAUAGCCAGACUUUUUGAAGAGUGCUCCGUGGAGGGAAACCCCGUCCUGGACGAGAGAGAAACCGAGUAUUUCUGGCUCAGAACAGGGCUUAUUGGGUGGAGCGCAGCGGACGAAGUCAGAAGAAGCACCGCAUACCGUGCAUAUUUAGAGGUAAAAGAGAAGCACCGCACUCUGGCGGACCUAAUAGAAAAAACAGACAGAAAAAUGCUCUUGCACACCCUGCAGGCAGACAUAAAAGAGUGCGAGCUUGAAGAAAUAGUAAGACACAUUAGAAAUAAAUAA